AUGGUUAAAGACUUCCUUAUUGAUACUGAGGUUCGGAUUGUUGCAACCGCCCGCGAAGCUGACGGCCUGGCCUUAAGCUCUCGGAAUGUUUAUCUCGGAGCUCGCAGGCGGAUCGUGGGACUCACCCUCCACAAAGCCCUGAGUGCUGCAGCGGAGGCAUACAAAGCAGGCAAGACCUCUCGUGAUGAUAUUUUGGGGGCUUCUCGCAGUGUCGCUGAGCGUGUACUGUCCGAGCAGCAGUCGCUCCCUCCGUCAGAGCGGGCGCUGUACGAAGUUGACUACAUCUCCCUCGCUGAUCCCGAGAGUUUGGAGGAGCUCGACCUCGUCGAUCUCAAGAAGGGAGUCGUUCUAAGUACUGCCUUUGAUAUGGCCCCUCUGGAGGAGACUGAGCCUGGAGAGGAUUGCGGUUUGGGAGAUGGAAAGGUUCCUGUACGAUUGAUCGACAACAUGAUUCUCCAACCUCAGGCUUAA